GCCUCGCCCGCCCCUGGUCUCCAGCCGCCACCACUCGGCCGGCGGGUCCACUGCGUGCGGCUGGGAAAUCCGGGUGCUACCCUGGCGCCCAAACCUAGAGGCUGGAGGGGAGGAGGCAGGGUAUUCGCUGUUUCCACUCAUCAUCCCGACGGGGGAAAGGUGGCGUGGGGGUGAGGUGGGGGAGUCCAGGUGGGCUCUUCAGGGACAUCUAGAAUCAGAUUACUGAGGACCACAAUGCGUCACAGGGAGCUGCUGCGCCCCCUCCCUCCAAUUAAGCAAAUGCACAGAGAGAGUCCAACAAGAGCCCAAGCAUGCUUUGCAGCUGUGGUGGUACCUACUGCCCCAUGCCCCUUUUACAAGUACAAAAUUGGACAGCUGUAUAUGAUCAGCAAACACAGUCAUGAGCAGAGUGACCGGGGAGAGGGGGUGGAGGUUGUGCAGAAUGAGCCUUUUGAGGACCCUCACCAUGGCAAUGGGCAGUUCACUGAGAAGCGAGUAUAUCUCAACAGCAAACUGCCUAGCUGGGCUAGAGCUGUUGUUCCCAAAAUAUUUUAUGUGACCGAGAAGGCUUGGAAUUAUUACCCCUAUACAAUCACAGAAUACACAUGUUCCUUCCUGCCGAAAUUCUCCAUCCACAUAGAAACCAAGUAUGAGGACAACAAAGGAAGCAACGACAGCAUUUUUGACAAUGAAGCCAAAGACCUGGAAAGAGAAGUGUGUUUUAUCGAUAUAGCCUGUGAUGAAAUUCCGGAACGCUACUACAAAGAAUCUGAGGAUCCUAAACACUUCAAGUCUGAGAAGACAGGCCGGGGGCAGCUGAGAGAAGGCUGGCGGGAUAGCCAUCAACCCAUCAUGUGCUCCUACAAGCUGGUGACCGUCAAGUUCGAGGUGUGGGGCCUUCAGACCCGAGUGGAGCAGUUUGUGCACAAGGUGGUCCGAGACAUCCUGCUGAUUGGACACAGACAGGCCUUUGCAUGGGUUGAUGAGUGGUACGACAUGACAAUGGAUGAAGUACGAGAAUUUGAACGAGCCACUCAGGAAGCCACCAACAAGAAAAUCGGCGUUUUCCCACCCGCCAUUUCCAUCUCCAGCAUCGCCCUGCUGCCUUCCUCCGUGCGCAGCGCCCCAUCCAGCGCCCCGUCCACCCCUCUCUCCACAGAUGCGCCAGAAUUUCUGUCCAUUCCCAAAGACCGGCCCCGGAAAAAAUCUGCUCCGGAGACACUCACACUUCCGGAUCCCGAGAAAAAAACCACCCUGAAUUUACCUGGUGUCCACUCUUCUGAAAAGCCAUAUCGGCCCAAAUCAGAGUAACUUCAUGUGAACAUCCCAUUGGGUUUUAUAUUUUCAGUUCAGGCUUUUUUUUUUUUUUUUUUUUAAGGAGUCCUCUGGUAGAGGAAAAGACUGCCUCGUCGCUCAGAUGUGUUCUUUGAUCUCAGAGUGUGCAUGUGGUUAAAUAAUUUCACUGAUAGCAAGAAUCCCUGCGUGUGCCACACAGCAUCAUAGUGAAUAUGAGAUGUAAGACUAGGGAAAAAAAACAAAAAACAAACAAACAAAAAACAGGAGGGGCUGAGGACAGAACUUAGUGGCAUGAAGCCCUAGGUUCGAUCCCUGGCAUGAUUAGCUAGACAAGAGGAUCAGAAGUUCAGGGCCAACCUCAGAUAUAGAGAGAAUUUGAGGCCAACCUGGGUUAUAUGAGACCCUGUCUCAAAAACAGUCAAACAAAAAACCCACAGAAUCAUCUAUAGUUUUAUAUGUGGACCAGGAAGGAAGACUUGAUUUGGGGGCCUUGGUCAGUUUGAUGGGCUUCAAUGGUAAACAGGUCAAUAGAAGAAAAAACAUGAAGCCGGUUUUUGGUUUUGGGUUUUUUGGGUUUUUUUUGUAAGAUGUGCUAAAAUAAUGAAAUCAAUUUCCUCCUAUCAAACCUGAAAUUCUCAACAACAACAAACAAAAAAAAAAAGAAAGAAAGAAAAAAUAUUCUCAGGUGUCACAUGCCUAAUUGUUAAAUUUUGGACUGCUGACCACCAAUACUUGAAUUCCAGUUAUUAUCACUAUUCCUGUUUUGAUUAGUCUGACUCAGGAUUUGGAGUCUAAUCAACUCCUUAAAUUUUUGAAAAUUUUAAUAACCAACUUCUAGAGGCUCCAAGCGCAAUUAAUGAUGACUUCUUUAUACCUUUUCACAGAAUUGAAAAAGAUCCCUCUGUUCCCGUCUCUUAGUAAUUUCCCCUUUUGUACCCUGGUGGCCUCUCAGAUCUUUAUACUUGCCUGGAUGACUGUGACCAUAGCUGAUAAAAUGUGGACUGUUCUGGAAACCGAGAGCCCCAGGUGUGACAAACAUCUUCUCUUCAGGUACCAACGAAGCUUGACCUGUGAGCUGCCAUCAUCCAUUACGAUUCUCAGAAAUUUCAAUGAACUAAAUAGAAUUCACUGACAAUGUCCCACCUGAGGAAGUUCAGGGUGGACUAAGUUACCUGGGAUUAACCACUGUCAAAAUGUCUGGUGUCUGAACCUUGCAAAAGAGAAUCCUCCCCACCCGGUUUAUUCUUAGUAACACCCAGACGUCCCUGGAAGGGGCUGCCGAUCACCAGGUUUUGGAAAAUACUAUCAUUCUCUUACUUUUUCCUUAUAGUCCAAAUACCGGGGUAUAGCUCAAUGGUAGAGUUCUUGCCUAGCAUGCAGGAGGCCCUGGGCUCAGUCCCCAACACUGCAGAAAGGAAACAGUGCAAUUGGCAAUGUCUCGGGAACCCAGUGAAUACAGCCAAACGGGUGACCCUGUCUCCUUAGUAGACUCACCGACUGACUCCUGUUUGUACAGAGUCAUAGUCAUAAAUGGCCCCUUUAUCUUAGUCUCAUUGCUGAAAGACAUAGAAAUGUACAUCAGAGUCCAGGCCAACAGCUAACAAGGUCAUUCAUCAAAGUGGCAGAAAGAAAUCUGUCACUGUUGCACCUCACUGCCUUUAAAGCCACAAAGAAGGCAAGCAGAAUGUCACCAAUGAACAAGAGGUAGCCGGGGAGCUCCAGGGCCCCUGUCCUAGCUAUCCUUCCUGACUGACCUCCAACCUCAGGAAAGGAAAUGACCCCCAACACAGAUCCCACAGGAAACAAAACAGAACAAGGAGCAUAAUCUCCUUCCCUGACACCUCCCAGCCAGUGGACCCUGCCUGCACCCUCUCUUGAGUGCGCCACCCUCUGCAAUGUCUCUCGGGUCCGUGCCCUCUCCCAAGGCACAGGUGCUGGCCCCUUGAGCCUAGCACCAAAGUGCUUCGUGUGUCUAGAUCAUUUCUUUAUCCGUAGAUGGACACUGUGCCCAGUACUCGAAGAAAAGCAAUUGCAAAUAGCUUUGUGCACCAGCGCCUCUUUCCCUUAAGGUGACAGCACCGUAGUAGGGUACCCUUCUUUGCAUGGUCUGGAAGCAUGAAUCUCACUUGUGGGAAAUCUUAAUCUUUUCUCGAACCCUUUGGACUUCUCAAUGGUUCCCUCUCCACGCAGCUGUUACUCAAUGAGGAUGUCUGGCUUUAACAAGCAAAAUUCCACUUUCAGAAGAUAUGGAGAUAAUAUAUGUAUCUGACCGUUUGCAAGCUGAAAUGGGGCUGGGGUGGGCUCAGUGGUUCUCAUGUAGUACAAAUUGAUUUUGUGCAGUGGUUAGCCCAUCUGGCACCUAGUUUUCCAUUAAUACCAUGCCACUUUCCCUUUUCUAUACCAGCUUCUAUUGUCAAGGCCAACAAUCUGGUUCACUUUGAAAAGCUACUUUCUGAUUCCCUUUUUUUGAGUUUUCUGUCCUUUAUAGACAGCCCAAUGCCUUUGACACCCGCUGUGGCGCUAACCUGUGAUAGUGUAAUUCUUAACCAACAUGUGUGUGUUUAGUUUUUCUGUCUACAUGUCGUUUGCCUGUGUUACAAAUAUGGAAGGGGUGGGAUUCUGGAUAUUUCAUUAGCUGCUUUGAAUAUUUAAUCCAGUCAUCACAAAGCAUCAAUGACUUCAAUAUUCUCUAAAUCUUGAUUUCCAAGUCUCUUUUUGCUUUGUCCUUGUUACAUGAAUCUGCUAUUGUGAGAUACAAGCCUGUGAUGAAUGUGUACAUAGAGUGUGAAUAAUUCCUCUGAGUAUGGAAACAAAAUGGCUGCAUGAUGGAAAUUUGGGAAGACAAAACAAUAUAACAGAAACUUGAAUUUACUAAGCAUGUUUGAGGGGAGAGUAGAAUCCUUAACUCAGUGCCUCUGUCUGCCAUGUGAAAACCUGCAACUUUGUUCACCAAAAUUGUAUUAUACCUGUAUAUAUAUAUACAUACAUAUAAAAAAUGCAGUAUAGUGAGUCACACACCCCCAAUUCUAAGUCUCUGGUAGCCAAAUUGAAGUGAGUAAUCCAUAGGAUGAUAUGUGUUUACCCCUCUUCAUCUCUGACGUUGGUGGAUGCUCCUAAAAUGGCCAUACAUGUCUCUACUCCGGGUGGCUUCCCGAGAGGAAAUAUCCUCGUGGGCACAGCAUCGUCGCUUUGUCUGUGCUUUCCCUGGGUCCAGGAGGUUUGGUGGUGUUUUUAUUGCAUAGGGUUUGUCUGAAGCCACCUCUGAAGAACAUUGCCUCUCAAGCUGUAGUAAGAGAAAGCAAAAGGACAAACUGAGCAAGAGAGAAGCUGUGACUUUUUUGUCGUUGUUGUCGCUUCGUUGGUGGAUUUGUUUAUAAGUCUGCUGUCACAGCUUUGCAUCUGUGGGGAACUGUUUUAACUUACUUACAGGUGUGUCAGCCUUGUUUGGGCUGUGGAAAUAAGUUAGCUCAAUUGUGCAUGAAUGAACACACACACAUAAUGAACACACACACACACACACACACACACACCCAUGCAAAGGCUGUCACAGUGGCUCAGAGGGUCAAAGCACUGGCCACCAAGCCUGACAACCCGAGUUCAAUCGCCAGGUCUCACAUGAUGGAAAGAAAGAACUAAUUCUCAUAAGUUGUCCUCUGACUCACACACACACACACACACACACACACACACACACACACACACACAAAUAAAUAAAUAAAAUUUUAAGAAUAAAAUACGAAACCCUCAAUAAUACCCCCUAAAAGUAAUCAUGUGGUUUACUUUCACAGCCUUUAGUGAACUGUAAACUAGGAGACAUCUUGAUAAAAACCCACUUCAAUGAAAUUUUCAAGACUAACGUGUUUAUGAGUGCUUUCAAAUUUCACUUCCGUUAGUAUCUCUUCACUGCUCAGAGGUGACAAAAUACCAGAUCGCCAACUGGCUUAGAUUGAUGGGAAUUUUCUUUUUGAAAAAGGCCACCGUAGAGUUGACUAUCCUGUCCAUCUAUAACCAGAUAAUCCGAUAGAGAGUUGACUGUCUAAAUGGUUUCCGUACAUCUCCAUACUUUUCCAGUCACCUGACUAGUGGGCUAGACGGUGACAGUUGGCCAUCUGAGCCAUAAUUGUAAAAAUUCAAAAACCCUGGCCUGGCCGGUAAAAGUGGACAUGAAGAAACUACGCUAAGCUCUUCGUCCUUGGUGUCGACACACAGACGCAAGGUAUCUUGGGUUUCUCUGUGCUCCACCUUCACAGCAGUCGUUUAUGUCUGAUAUGACAUCGUGCUGUGAGAGAAUGUGAAUGUGUGGAGAAGUUUCCACACAAGGCCCCUUAACUAUGACUCCACGUGGUUAACAAAUGCUUACGGUAAGCCUCCCUGCUUUCUUGUCUUUCAAGUUGAAAUGCUGUCUGUGGAACUUCAAGUCUCCCUUUCGGUUUCAUUGUGCCCCGAGAGAAGAAGAGGUUCUUUUGAGUUGACGUUCUCCGUCUGCCAUGUAUGUGCCCUUUCCAGUGUGAUUUCAGUGUUUACAUUUUGGAGCUGAGACCUUGAUUGGCUGACUUAGUCAAAAUCCCACUGCCACCGCAGAAGGACCAAGUGUUGGGACACACAGUGUUGCAAGUAACGCAAGCGGAAGUGACGCACACGCGUCUGUGUCAUUCCAUGGCUGUACUGUUGUCUGCGCCCGCCCCCGUUAUUUAUUAUUGUUGAUAGCUUACUUUUUCUUACAUUCUGUUGUAAAUAAAGUACAAAGCAAUCUUC